CACGAAUUUCCACACACAUUCGUUUUGGCGACGACACAAACAACAAACGUCAGGCAACAAGCAGGCAAGCAGGCAGCUACAGACGUGAAUUGCAUUGAAUUGAGUUGGUUGCUUGUCUCAGGCCACUCGCCACCAUGGAAGACGUGAGGAAGCUGCUGGCCAUGGGGUCAAACGCAGCGCAGCGCGCAUGCAUUGCAGACGAGCGUGGGGACAGGGCAGAGGCGGGCGCGCUGUACUCGCAAGCCGCAAGGUGCAUGUUCCGCGCACUCGCGCUUGAGCCACACUUCAACAAGGCGCGCGAACUGCAGGACACGGCGCUGGCAUAUGCGCGGCGAGCGGAGAAGCUCGGCUAUGGCCAGGCACCCAAGACGCUGCCGCUGGACCAGGCAGAGCAGAGCAGCGCACAGCAGGCACAGCAAGCAUCGGCACAGGACGCAGCCGCAGAGGCAGCAGCACAGGCCGACGCCAUCGCGCAGAAGGUGGAGCGAAGCGGGGACGCGCACCUCGCAAACGCGCGAGAAUACCACGUCGAGGCCAAGUUCUUCCAGGCAGAGAAGGCGUACAUUCAGGCGGCAGAGACAUACCUCAAGGCUCGCAGCGCCACCAACAACGCAGAGCUCCGCAAGCGCAUCGAGGAGAAGGCCGACAAGGCCCUGCGUGGCGCCGAGAAGCUGAAGCACAGGCACAGCGCCAGCGGAGAGCUCGGCCACGCUGCACCAGCAUCCGCCGCAAAACCAAGACCCGCCACAGUAAGCCAGCCCAAGCCCAAGCCCAAGCCAUCGCCUCCUCCCAGCAUUGACAUUGGCCCAAGCGGCGAGGGCUUGACCGACUAUGAAAAGGAGAUCCUGAAACACACCUCAAACGUGAACGGCGUCAUGUACUGGCCGUGGUCUGACGAGGAUGCCACCCACAACAUCACCAACGGGUUGGCCAAGUUCAAGGACCCACAGGGGCUGCUCAGGCUUGCACCCAAGCAGAAGGCGCUUGCCAAGUGGAAGCGCCCAUCCUCGUUCUGUGAGCGCCCUGUUGUCGUGCACAAGAUCAAGAGUCGAAACAUCAAGCAGACGGUGGUGUCGGAUUGCUCGUUUGUCUCGUCGCUCGCCAUCAGCGCUGACUACGAGAACCGUCACGGCCAGCGGCUGAUCACGAAAGGCAUCUUUCCACAGGAUGCAAGUGGCAACCCCGUCUACAAUCAAUACGGCAAGUAUGUCGUCAAGCUUCACUUCAAUGGGUGCUGGCGGCGUGUUGUCAUCGACGAUUUUCUGCCCGUAUCGAGUGCAAGUGGCGAGCUGCUCUGCUCGUAUUCUGCAGACAAGAACGAGCUCUGGGUCAGCAUCCUCGAGAAGGCAUACAUGAAGGUGAUGGGCGGGUACGACUUCCCCGGCUCCAAUUCAUCUGUUGAUCUCCACGCACUCACGGGCUGGAUCCCAGACCGCCUGCCCCUCAAGAAAUGCAACGAUGUGGAAUGGAAGCGCUUAUGGGAAGGCCUCCACUCUGGCCAAGUACUCAUGACCAUGGCAACGGGAAACAUGUCUGAGGCGGAUGCAGAGCGGGCCGGUCUCGUUGCCUCGCAUGCGUACGCCGUCCUGGAUAUGCGCGAUGUGCGAGGCCUGCGUCUUGUAAAGCUGAAGAACCCCUGGCGCCACCUGCGCUGGAAGGGCCGCUUCUCCCCGCAUGACACCAAAUCCUGGACACCGGCUCUCCGCAAGGCCCUGCAGUACGACGUGGAGCACGCACAGGAGAACGAUGACGGCGAAUUCUGGAUGGACUGGCAGAGCGUUGCGCACUUUUUUGAGCUCAUUUACAUGAACUGGAACCCGCAGCGCUUCCCGUUUGUGUCGACCUUCCACCACUGCUGGAACCAACAGCAUGGCCCGUCCAAGGAUCUGUACAACAUGCAGUACAACCCACAGUUCAAGUUGACUGUGAAGACGGCGCACGAGGCCGAGGUGUGGGUACUCCUCUCUCGCCACAUCACCCAGAUUGACGACUUUGCAGACAACAAGGAAUUCAUCACGCUUCACGUGUACAGGGGCAUGGAUCGCGUGUUUUAUCCAGAGUCUGCGUACAAGCAGGGUAUCAAGAUCAACUCGCCCCACUACCUGACGAAAUUGCGCGUUCCACCGGGCGAGCAGCAUUAUGCAAUCGUCGUUUCGCAAUACGAAAAGACCAGCACCAUUCGCUUCAGCCUCAAGGUUUACUCCACGGUGGACUUUGACCUGAAGCGAAUGCCACACAGAUAUUCGAAUGAAGUGAAAACGUCCGACAAGUGGACACGUGAGACGGCUGGCGGGUGCCAGAAUGACCCGCAGUCGUACGCGCGAAACCCCAUGUUUGCGUUUACGACGCCGGCCUCGACGCCCCCAAAGUCGGACACGACUCCGAUCCUCAUCAAGCUGGAAGCGCCGCGCGUGUAUUCCGUUGCACUCGCGCUCUUUGAUGCAGAGAAGAAGCCAAUCACCGAGUCGGACGGGUAUCGCCCCGGCUUCAGCAAGAUGGAGAUGGGGCUGCAGCCGUCCACAACAUACCACGUUGUUCCUGCCACGUUCCGGCCUGGGCAGGAAGGCCCGUUCUUCCUCACCAUUGGGGGAACUGAAAACAUCCACCCGCGGCGCGUGCGGUGAUGUGACAAGUGCUUUGGCAGUACUGCGACAAAAGACCCUGCCCGCAACACACCGCACCUCUUGACACGUUUGCUUGCUUGCUUGGCAUGCCGCCUGGACUUUUCAUGUCUAUCUUGCUCGUUUGAGGCUUAAGCUUAUUGUCUUCCUUUGUCCAUUCGACGUUUGCCUGCCAGUGCUUUGACGCACCCUGUUUCUUCCAUGAAUGCAAUUGGAACGAGCGCUGCUUUCUUGUGACUUUUGUGCUUACUUUGCUCGGGUUGGCUCGCUCGCUCGCUCGCUCGCUCAUUCGCUUGCGCUUUCGUUGAGAGGAACUCUGACUGGCCCUUGCUCUUGUUGCUGUCGGUUACAGUUCCAAUACAUUGGCAGUUGAAC